AGGCUAGCGUCCGACCUGCAAUUUCGCAGUUUUUUUAGAGCCGCGCUAUAUAUCACACCCGUGCAAAAAGAAACAAGAGAAUUCUUCUUCUCUUCUUCCCACUCUCUGCCCCGAGCAAGUAGUCGUCUCCUGUCGAGCCUGCUGCCUUCGAUCGCUUCUGGUAUGCCGUCGGCGCCAGCCGUCGUGCCGGAGUCUCGGUUGCCGUCGCAACACUUCCGCCGGCCGCUCUCGCCGCUCGCAAACGGCUCCGCGGCGGCCGGCGAAUUCGAGCUCCGGCACUGGCGCACGCCCAAGAAGCGUGCGCCGCCCGUGGGAUGGGCACCGCUGGUGAUCGAGAUCUCCCGCGGCGCCGGCAGCGACGACGACAGCAACGGCAGCGGUGGCGGCGGGUACGGGUACACCAGCCUCCGGGACAUCCUGUCCUCGCCGGAGUACGCCGCGGCGGGCUCUCCCGCGGCCUGCUGUGGCAUCGGCGGCGGCUGCGGCAGCUGCGGAGACAUACACAUGAUACGGCACCCGCUGGUGAAGCACGCGGCGUACGCGUACCUGCAGAUGACGCCGUCGGCGAGGGAGGACCCCGGCCGCCGCAGCCGGCGCUGGCGGGGGCCGCUCUGCCGACUCCUAUUCGGCUGCCUCACCUUCAUCGGGGCGCUCUUCCGGCCGUGACUCCUCCGGCGACAGCCGCGCGGUUCUUGGCUGCAAUUAAGUUCAUCUUUUUUUUUCUUCUCUUGCUCUUCCCAUUCUCGUGUGAUUAGAUUUUUUUUUCUUAUAAUUUUCGGGCUUUGGUUGAGAUGUAAUUUGUGUAAAUAAUUUGCUAGGAUUAGGCACAAAUGGAGAUGAGAUUAUAGCAGUAAGAGGAAGGAUUACUUGAUUGCA